CGAGUUCUUCAAAUUCGAGGCUCGGCCUUGUUUCAUCGUUCGUGCUCGUCGAUUCGAUUCGUAUCCCUGUAUACUCUACUCAGCAACUGCAUUCAUCGAUCGAGAUGGCACCAGUCAUAUGGGGUCUGCCGCUGGACGAGAUCAAAUGGGGCAAGUUCAAGAGCUCGUACAUGUGGAACAAUCGGUACCACCUUCGCCGCACAAAGUUCAUCGUCUACCAACUGGCCAUGAUCUUCUCCGUCGUCGGUGAGAGUCUUGGGACUGCUGUCCUGUCCGACUACCUCGAUGAACAGUCGUAUGCCUCCGCUGGCCACCCUGGAACGACGAUUAAGAACAACGAUAUUGUCGGCGCUUUCGCAUUCAACAUUUUCGCUGGCGUCUUCGUCGCGUUUGUCUUUGGUGCUGCAUUCUUCUUCGAUCUGUUCUGGCCCGAGAGACACGAGGAUCGUGGCAUCAAAUUGGCAUGGAAGUAUUGUGCUAUUGCCUCAGCUGUGUUUCAGCUCGCCGCUGUGCUCUGGACCACCGUGAUUGUCUCGACUCGUGAAGCUGUUUUCGUAGGACCGGAUGGCGAGCAGCGCAAUGUCCUCAGCGUGUGGAAGACAAGUCCACUGUCCUACAAGAAGAAUGCUAGGGCAGUGGCUGGGGUUGUAUUUAGCUGGCUGGGACUGGUCUUCAUUGUUGUCAGCUGUGUUGUAAUGUGGAAAUGUUACGCUCACAACGACGUUCAUGGUCCGCUCGCCGAUCACAUCCGCAAGAACGAAGAUGUCGAGCCUGGAACCAGCAUCGAAGAGCCCGCGCCAGCACACACGGUCGCCUCUGAGACCUCAAGUUUCGGGCCUCCAGCAACACUUGACAGUGUUGUUCAAUCGGAUCGUCAGGCUGAGCCUUACAACGUUGCAACCGCUAGUACACUAAACGGAACAAAGUAUGUUCUCUGAGACGUCAGAUCGGAUCAAUGAGGCAUUGCAUAGGGAAUAAAGUUCUCGGAAUUCACUGUAUCAUUGGAUUUGGGCGGCUGUGAUACAAUAUCCGCGCGUGUGCUG